ACUGCUGAUCCUAGAACAUGGAGGAUUGUCUUCAUACCUCAUCCGAAAAUCUGUCCAAGUUGGUCAGCUGGGCCCACAGCCAUGGGACCAUUUGCAGCCUCAUUCCAAACCUGAAACACUUGCUUUCGGAAGGUUCCCAUGGGAACCUGACAGCAAUGUGGGGCUGUAGUGCUGGCCAUGCUUAUCACUGGCCGCUAACAGCCACUUGCAGAGCUGGGUCCCAAGAGAGGGUUUGUUUCCAGGAUAACAGAAGUUUUAAUUCUGAUAGUCCCAGUAUUAUUGGGGUGCCUUCUGAGACACAGACAAGCCCUGUUGAAAGGUACCCUGGGAGACCAGUGAAAGCAAAGCUGGACUGUAACCGGACCAGAGACUCUUGUGACUUCUCCUAUUGCAGUGAGCCCUCUGAACUGGAUGAAGCUGUUGAAGAAUACGAAGAUGAGAACACCCUGUUUGACAUGGUUUGUGAGUCGUCUGUUACAGAUGAGGAUAGUGACUUUGAACCUCAAAACCAAAGGCCUCAAAGCAUUGCUCGCAAAAGGCCUGGCAUAGGCCCGUCUUCCCUCCAUUCAAGCUCCCAUGUGCAGAUGGUGGACGAAUGCAGCAGUGAUGUCAUCAUCAAGAAAAUCAAACAAGAGAUUCCUGAGGAUUAUUACAUUGUGGCAAACGCAGAGCUGACAGGAGGGGUUGAUGGACCAGCCCUGUCACUGACACAGAUGGCAAAACCCAAGCCUCAGACUCAUGCUGGGCCCUCUUGUGUUGGGUCUGCUAAGCUGAUUCCCCACGUGACAUCUGCCAUCAGCACGGAGCUAGACCCACACGGUAUGUCUGCAUCCCCCUCUGUUAUCUCCAGGCCAAUCGUCCAGAAGACUGCUAGGGUAUCUCUGGCUUCACCAAACAGAGGACCCUCUGGUACCCAUGGCACCAGCCAACAGGUGGCCAUGCAGAUGCCUGUGAGCACAUCCCACCCUAACAAACAGAUCAGUAUCCCUUUGUCUGCCCUGCAGCUGCCUGGACAGGAUGAGCAUGUUGCUUCUGAAGAGUUCCUGUCCCAUCUGCCCAGCCAGGUCUCCUCCUGUGAGGUAGCCCUUUCUCCCUCAGUUAACACAGAGCCAGAAGUAAGCUCCAGUCAGCAGCAGGCCCCAGUUGCUGCAACUAUAACCACAGAGGCCACAGCACAGUGCAUACCAGACCAGGAUGAAAGAGCAGCUGAGCUCAGCAGGGAGCAGAACGAGAAAACCAUCCGGAGCACGCAGACCGCGCUCCGCAAUUUCCCUUAUUCUACUAAGCUCAACAAAUUUCCUGUAUUUAAUAUUAAUGAUGACUUGAAUGAUCUGUGUACCAGUGCAGUAAGCCCAAAUACUACCAAAGCCACCCGGUAUGCCCUGAAUGUGUGGCGAUAUUGGUGCAUGACCAACGGGCUCAAAGAUCACACGGACAUCACCAAGAUCCCUGCAGUGAAGUUGAACGAGCUCCUCGAGAACUUUUAUGUCACCGUUAAGAAGAGUGACGGCUCAGACUUCCUGGCCACCUCACUGCAUGCCAUCCGCCGAGGCCUGGACCGCAUCCUGAAGAAUGCAGGUGUGGGCUUCUCCAUCACCAGCAGCACCUUCAGCUCUUCCACCAAGAAACUCAAGGAGAAGCUGUGGGUGCUGAGUAAGGCAGGCAUGUCAGGGGCCCGUUCUCGCAACAUCGUCUACUUCUCCCUGUCUGACGAGGAGGAGAUGUGGCAGGCGGGGUGUCUAGGGGACGACAGCCCUAUCACGCUCCUGUCCACCGUGGUCAAGUACAACAGCCAGUACCUGAACAUGCGGACGCUGCAGGAGCAUGCCGAUCUGAUGUAUGGUGACAUCGAGCUGCUCAAAGACCCACAGAACCAGCCCUACUUCGCCCGGACAGACAGCGUCAAGCGGGAGAGUCGGAGUGGUUCCACCAGAGUGUGUCACGGCAAGAUCUACCACGAGCACUCCAGGGGGCACAAACAGUGCCCUUACUGCCUCCUCUACAAGUACAUGUACAUCCACCGGCCGCCCACCCAGAUGGAGGCCCGGUCCCCCUUCUACCUUACUGCCAGAAAGGAGGCCGCAGACAUGGGCAGUGUGUGGUACGAGGAACAGAGGAUGGGGCUGCGAUCUCUUCGGGGAAUUGUCCCAAACUUAGCCAAGAAGGUCAAGCUGGAAAACUGUGAGAACUUCACCUUCGUCUCGUUUACUCAGGUCUCCAGGAGGCUGGGCUCUCACAGCUGCUGCCAGUGAGCCCAGCCUGGGGCAGCCCUUGCCCCGUGCACCCUCCUAGGCCAGAGCCCCCCUAGGUGGCCAGGGUCAGCGUCACCAGUGCUCUGAGGAGGCGGGGGCUGACCAGGCAUGACGUCUAUCAGGCUGGUCUCCAUCAGUGUGGCCUGCUAAUCCCUGGACUUGGGUUUGUUUUUUAAGUAGAUGAGUCUGAAUAAUUCAGAUGUUUUAUCCAAAUGUGUGUCACCUUUGUUAACUUUUAGAAUUUAACACAAUGUAUAAUUGCUACAUACAAGAGUGAGGAAAUUCAUUUUAUCUAGUGCCUUUUUAGCACAGGUUUUCUCAAGAAAGGAAAGAAAAGAAAAGAAAAAA